ACACGGCGCGAUUCCGUUGCUACUUUUCAUUGGGAAAAUUCACUUUAAACUAUUUAUUUAUACUGUACUAUGGGAAAAGAAAGUAUCUAUUUGCUGAUGAUCUUAUUUUCUCUUAUUUCGAGCGAACCUCUCUCCAACUCAACUAAAACACUGACUGCAAGUAACUCCACUGAGCAGACAGAGGGCUACAGUGACAUUGAGUCAAAGUUCUCCAUCAGAAGUGCAGAAUUCCCAGAUGAGGAUCUGUGCUAUCUUGUCCCAGGAAUACAGGAGUCUUUUUUGGAAUGUAACUUCAAAAUUGAUGCCCAAACCUUCCUUAUCAUCCAUGGAUGGUCGGUUGCAGGUCUGUUUGAAAGCUGGAUCUACAAGCUCGUGACUGCCCUGUUGGAGCGUGAACCCAGCGCUAAUGUCAUUGUGGUUGACUGGCUGGAUCGGGCGAACAAACACUAUCCCACAUCAGCAGAAAACACCAGACUGGUGGGGGCAGAUGUAGCCAAAUUUGUCAAUUGGUUGGAGGAGUUGGAUUACCCGCUAGACAAGGUGCAUCUGUUAGGCUAUAGUCUUGGUGCACAUGUAGCAGGCGUGGCAGGAAACCUCACAAACAACAAAGUGAACAGAAUUACAGGUCUUGACCCAGCAGGACCCAGAUUUGAGAAUGCCGACAGUCUUAGGCGUCUGUCACCUGACGAUGCAACCUUUGUUGAUGUCUUGCACACGAACACCAGAGGAACGCCAGACCUCAGCAUCGGGAUCCAGAGGCCAGUGGGCCACGUGGACAUUUAUCCCAAUGGUGGAACUUUCCAACCUGGCUGUAGCAUUCAACAUACCAUGAAGCUCAUUGCCACCUAUGGCAUCUACAACAUGGACCAGAUUGUGAAAUGCUCUCACGAGCGCUCCGUGCACCUGUUCAUCGACUCACUGUUAAACCCAGCUCAGCAAAGCUGGGCGUACCGCUGCAGCACCAAAAAUGCCUUCAACAAAGGUCUGUGCCUGAGCUGUCGCAAGAACCGCUGCAACAAACUCGGCUACAAUGUCAACAAGAUCCGCACCACCAGGAACGCAAAAAUGUACCUCAAAACCAGAGAGAUGAUGCCAUUCAAGGUGUUUCAUUACCAGAUUAAGCUUCAUGUUUUUAGCGAUAAAAACAUGACUAUGUUGGAACAGCCAAUGAAAGUGACGCUGUUUGGCACGACUGACGAAAGGGAUGACAUCUCUGUCAUUGUGCCCAUUAUGAUCACCAACAGCACCAUAUCCUUCUUGGUGACGUCCGACAGGGACAUCGGAGAGCUGCUGAUGUUGAAGAUCAAGUGGGAGAAGGACUCGUAUCUGUCUGGCUUCUUCAGCACCAAUCAAUUCAUGAUUCGCAGAAUGAGAUUAAAAUCAGGAGAAACUCAAGCUAAGGUAAUAUUCAGACCAAAAGAGGGAGAAUUUGGUUUCCUCGUGCAGGGUGGAGAACCCGUUAUCUUCGUGAAGUCCAGUGAAACCCUGCAGAGCAGGAGAGAGGAGAGGCAGCACAGAUUGAAGCAUCAUGGAAGUUUCUUUAAGGGUGUGAAUGAAGCAUCAGCUGAUAUGAGUAAAGAGCUGCUGUUACAGAAUUUUACUGUAUCGACAGAGGUCAUGCUACAAACCACAACAAUGCCAAACACAACUUCAUGAAUCUCAUGAAAACAUAUUCAGGUCAUAUUGCACCCUAAAGUUAUAUUUUGCAUAAAGAAGUGGAAGCCUAUUUUUGUGACAUUAUUUUCAUUUAAAAUUUAAAUAUGAAAAUUAUAUAUAUGCAAGUAUAAUUUGCAAAAUAUAAUUUCUUAUGAUUUAGACAUGUUCUUGACAGGUUUCAUGAGAUUCACCCAAAAAAUACACUGGUGUAAAAAGUGGUAACCUCCAGUUGUUACCUAAAGUAGCUAUUUCAACCUGAUCUUACCCUUAAAAUGAGUUAUGUUGGAGUAAUCUAAUGUAUUAAGGUUGAUUCAGUGAUGUUAAAUAAUAAUUUUGACUCGGAUAAAACCAGUUAAUUUAGAUGUUAACACAUAAAGGACAUUUUUAGGUGAACAUUUCUUUCAGUGUAGAGGAAGUCAAAUAAUGGCCUUUAAAUAUACUGUAUAUUGUGAAUUUUUUUUCUGCAUAAAUCGAACUUUAUGGAUUCAUUAGACUAGAGCAUAGUGUAUAUUUUGUAAGCAUAAAUACGACUGUGUGCAGCGUCUUAUCCGAUUUUCGUGAGAGAGCGCUAAUUCUAAGUGCAAUUUUCGUGCCAGCGCAAGUGGGCAUGGGUGGGAGUGUUUGUGCUACUGUGAGUGUAGGCGUGAAAUUGUGGGUUUAUUGUAUGUAAACGAAGUGGCGCAAAGCGCAAUUUGCUAUUUUCCUAAGAAUUUGGUCGUUGCGCUACAAUGUUUCAAUACCACCUCUUAACGGCGCAAAAUCCAAAUUCAGUUCCUGCAUUUGCAGUUUGGAGAUUCCACCAGCAGGUGGAUCACAAGACAUAAAUAAUACAUACAUUAUCUGUAAUUUAACGGAGCCUACAUCCAUAUCCUGAGCCAUAUUUUAAGUGUGUUUAAAGUAUUUAUGUAACAUGCUGUAUGCUUCUGAAAUGUAUAUAGGGUUGAUCGUAAUAACCGAAUGUGUUUCUGUAAAUGUAUCUCAAUAAAUUCAUGUUACUUUAAACAGCUUAAAUGGA